AUGGCAACAACAGAGACAGCUUCUGCUACGCUUGGUCCUCGAUAUGCACCGGACGAUCCCACCCUUCCGAAACUGUGGUUGGGGUUGAUUGAUGGAGGUACUGGUACUUUUUACUAUUGGAAUCCUGAAACUAAUGUUACUCAAUAUGAUAAGCUCGGCGCCCCACCUGUGCCUGCUGCUUCUACGCCUGGUUUGGCACCUAUACCGAGUGGGUCGGGGCAGCAACGGGUGAUGCAAGUGCAGCCGCCCUCACAACAACAGCAGGGGAACCAUUUUGCCCAACAGCAAUAG